AAGGAAGUCAAGGGGCCACCAUUUUCUUUCACUUCACGACUUCGCCUUAGCCGGUUAAAUUCGGGCACAUGUGCUUUGUUAACAUUUUUUAAGAUAAGUCACUUAUCAAACGAACUAAAAUCUCAUCAAAAGAACCGGUAGGAAUACCAUAAAAUACACAGAAUGAACACCGAAAAGCUUAAAAAACUACAAUCACAAGUCAGAAUCGGAGGAAAAGGCACGCCGAGGCGCAAGAAGAAGGUCGUGCACUCCACACAAGCGACGGACGACAAAAAAUUACAAUCCUCCCUGAAGAAACUAUCGGUCAACACCAUACCCGGCAUCGAAGAGGUAAACAUGAUCAAAGAGGACGGCACCGUCAUACAUUUCAACAAUCCCAAAACCCAGGCCUCCCUAGCUGCUAACACAUUCGCCAUCACGGGCCACGGCGAAAACAAACAGAUUACCGAUAUGUUACCGGGCAUUUUGAGCCAAUUGGGCCCCGAAGGCAUCACCCAGUUGAAGAGACUGGCCAGCACUGUAGCUAACGCAGGCGUGGGUAAGAUUGUGCCGGAAGACGAAGAAGACGUGCCGGAUCUGGUGGAAAACUUUGACGAGGCCUCGAAGGCGGAAGUGGCGAAAAAGAGCGAAGAGAAGCCGAAAGAGAAUUAAAAAAGGAACGCGGCCUCAGAUCGUCGGGAGGAUGUUUUUGAAGUUUUCGAUUUCGUUGGACUCGAUUUUUAAGUUUUUGAGCGCAUCAUUUUCCUUUUUUUUUUUUUUCUUCUCCCCGAUAUUUAUAUGUUGAGUAAUUAAAAUUAACCCGACUCAUAAUUUUUUGUUGAUGUUUUGGGCAUAUGUAUAGAAUAUUUCAUAGGAAAUAU